CAAAAUCCACCCUUCAGACUUCAGAGUUCAGACCUCUUUUAAGAUUGAGAUUUCCUUACAAAGAGUGGACACACUACACCAUAAUACCCAUUUCAACAUUACACACCAAAUUCUCAUCUACAUAUAUCAAUACAAUACAAUCUCUCUCUCUCUGUAUCAUCUUCUUCCAUAUCUUAUUAUCUGCUUGCUGUAUCUGCCCAUUCCCUCUUGCCUUGGGACCACUUCAUUUCAAAAUCUUUCUCUCUCAUCUGAUCCUCAUUCAUUCUAUCCCCAAAUCACCAUCUAUCUUCAUCAGGGUUUUGUGUUUAUUUGUUGCUUAAAGUCUCACUCUUUUCUUUCAACUUUUGAAGAACCCUACAUGUUCAAGACAUUAAGAUGCUUUCAUAGAUUGAUUGUUGAUUGAUUGAUACUCCUUACUGCAUCUUCUUACAUCUCACAUGUCAUUUUUCAAGAUUCUACAUUUAUUUUGUAAUAACAGCUUCUGUGUUUCUUGAAUCUUGCUUUCUGCAAAUAUGGGUAGGGGUAGAGGAAAGGGGAAAAAGUUCACUUUGACUAACAAUGACGAUACCGGAAGUGGUGAAGAAGAAAGAAUUCCGGCCCAAAAAAGAAGGGGCAGGCCUCAAAAACCGUUGGUGGAUGAAAUCGACGAAGAUAUUGAAAAACUAGAAGACGAAGAGAACGCUAAAUCGAACGACGUUGUAUCAGACAAAGAUGGGAAGGUAACCGAGAACGGAAAGAAGAGAAAACGAAACAAGCAGUCGAAAGAAGAGGGCGAUUUGGUCAAAGAGGAAAGUGCGGAUGGAACUCAGCCAAACGCAAAUGGGUCGACUCAGGUUAACGGUUUUCGACACAUAGGAAGUAGGAGGAAGAGUAAGCCACGUCGUGCAGCUGAAGCUGGUGUCGAAUGCAAAUGAAAUCCGUAAAUCUCUAGUCUCGUUUUGGUAAUCCGGUAUCUAUUUUGUUUGUUUUUUGUUAAGUAAGUAGUUUAUGGUAUGAUUGUAUGGUAAUUCCAAUUUGCAUUCGGUAUAUGUUCCGUCUUGACUCUAUAACUAAAAUUUUUGCAUCAUAUCGGUUGCAUAUAUCUUAAUCUAAAUCUCCUUGUUCAUUUUGUC